AAAACAAGAGUUCUACCUUUGUGGACCUCAGGGCCUUACCUUAGGGGUUGGUCUCUCAGCCUCAGGGAUCCAAGCAGGCUAGGUGCUGGCUGGGAUUAUUGGGCUUCGCUGGAUCUUAGAGUCCUGCCCCCAGUUCCCUUGUUAGGGAGGUACUAACAGGUCAGUGGCACUGUCUUCUCCUUCUGAGCUCCCCCAGGGAACUAGCUGGCUGGAGUGACUUGUCCUUGGGUGCCUACGAUCCAUUACGUGUAACAUGGACUUUCACUUCCCUCCCAGGACUUCUGUCUAGAUACGGGCCAGGGCCUGGAUGACUAAAGACAUUUUUGUGUCUGCCACUCUUUGAGGUUCCACUUUUAUGACUCUGGGUAAGACUUCAGGUUCUUAAGACCAGCCUGGGAGUGCUAUGUUGUUACCAUACUGUAGACAACCAGCCCCUCAUUGGCAGAGUUUGGAAGACUGCUCGGGAGUGAUUACUCCUAUUAGCAAAUGCAUAACUUCGUGCUGCAGUUCUGUCUGCUCCCCACCUGGUGCCUCAUUACUUUUCUCCUUUGUGCCAUUAUCCAAGGAGGGAGUUUAGAAUAUAAGAUGAGUGCAACCACACUCCAGAGUUGUAGUUUAAAAAUGAUCCUUUGCCUCCAUGGAUGGGGACACUCUAGUAUUGCCUGUUUGGUGUAUGUAAUCAAACCCACCAGAAAUACAACCACUGUUCCCAGUCUGGAACUUGAAGGUUUAUCAGACUUGAGAGGGGAAAACAGAGAGAAAAGUGUGUUGGGGUGAUAACUUGGAGUGGAGAAAAUUGAUGUCAAGGACAUUGAAAUGGCAUCUGUUUUUGCCCAGGCUAAUUACAUGUGUAAUGAAUGGCUGAUGAACCAUUAUUAAUUUCAAGCAAAUAAUCUACAGUUUGCUCUUGGGAAAAGAGCUCUAGUGAUACAGAUAACUUCCUAGGAUGAGCCAAUUCUGCAUCUCUGCACCCUCUUUAUUCCUAUAAAUGAGCAAAUUAUUUGUCUACACGCUACCUAAAAUGAUUGUAGGGGCAAAUUGAGGGAAGCGUUUAGGCAAAAACAAAGGGGUUAUUUUAUGCAUAAACAUCCAUUCUUUGGGGUUCUCAUGUGCCAGGGACAGAAGCAUCCUUUCUCUUCACCACCCAUAAUCAGUGCUCCCAGCUGGCAGCCUGGCACUGGUGCUUUUGUCAGUGCCAGUGCAAUAAAGGAGCGGUCUGUGGGAGGCUGUCUGUGUGUUAGGUUUAACUUUGUUCUAAGGAGAACAGCCAGCUACCGAAUUCAUGUAUGUUUCCCUUCAGGGAACUCCCUGGCCAUGGAAGGAGAAUAUGGUGGGCUUUUCCUGGGCAGUCCCUGGAACUUACAAAACCAUUUCUCCUGGAGUACGUGGUAAGUGGACAGGAGUCUUGACCUCCUGCCCACUUACCCUUACCCAUUGGUUGCACACAGACUCCCCUGUGGCCCAGUGCUUAUUACCAGUUGCAGGCCAGUAGCAGGCCAAGGGGACGGUGACACUCAUUUAUUAAUAGGCUGCCAGGCCAGGAGGUCGGCACGUGAGCAUACAGUGUUAUCUGCCCUCUAGGCCAAGGUUCACAAUGUUAGAAGUCUCUUGCUUUACUCUCUAGAUCAGCCUGGAAACCAGAGCUCCCUCUCUUAGUCAAACAGAUGGCUGUGGGUGACAGAGCCCUGAACUGCUGAAUGUGUGUUCCUUCCAUUCUCCGCCUCCCCACAGAAUCACGCACCACAGUACUUUCCAGUAAGGUAUCUGAGACCACAAAGCGCCAGAGGACACAGCUGCCCCAGGUCCUACCUCCCCCUCUCUGGCCUCUGCAAACUAGCCAUUAACUUGAGGAAGCUCCUUGUGCAGUAGCUUGGAAACCCAUGAAAGGAGGAACUGAAGGAAGCUCAAAACCUCUCAAGGACAGUGUACACUUUGCCCUGUUUCCUAUUUUCUCAUGUCUUUAGCCCAGAGUCUACAAAAGGAGAACUGUGGGCCACAAUCCUGAGUCCCCUAACUUUGACCUUUCCCACUCCUCCUAGAAGACUUUCUGGUGGGGAUUGUCUCAGGAGAGGCUCAUCGGUGAGUCCCUGAGAUGACCACUGUGGGUGACCAAGAUGACCUGAGUCUUCUGUGGUCUUAUCCUUGGGCUGGGUUGUCCACAGAGCAGGCCCUUACCUCUUAUGUGGUCUUACCUUUAAAAGUGGGCCCACAUCCCCCACCCCCAACCCUACAGUGGAGCUAGUGUGGGCCUGCUAAAGGACAAAAGGAGACACUAUUUGGAGCCCUGCAAGGGUAUGUGGCCAGAGAACGAAGGGCAGAGAAUCCCCCACCUCUGAAAAGAAAGCACUCCCCUAGUUGCUAAGGCUAAAUACAAUUUAUUUCAGUGCUGGGGGACAGAAGGGAGUGAGGGGGACCAGUCACCUGCUCCUUAUAUGGGCUAUUUUCUUGGCAGACCUCAAAAGGAGACCAUGGCUAGGAGGGGGAUGGGGAACUGGGCUGGGGCCAAUGUAAGAAGCUUGCCAGCACUGUCAGCUGGCAAACCUAGGAGAAGCUGAGCCUGGUCUCUGCUCUGUUCCUGUUCCCCACCUGUCCCUACCCUUUUCUCCCCUUUCCCUGGCCCUGCCAGACUCUCAAUCUCCCUGGGCGCCAGCCUCCACCCACCCCUGGAGGGCGGGGCUUGGCUGCACCCACGUGUGGCAGAGUUAAAUGCUCCCACCGGCAGAAGAGCUGGGGAGUGUGGCACUGAGCCUGCUUGGGCAGAGAAGCAGAACCAUGGCUGGCAAGAAAGUCUGCAUUGUAGGCUCCGGCAACUGGGGCUCUGCCAUCGCCAAGAUCGUGGGUGGCAAUGCAGCCCAGCUGGCAAGCUUUGACCCACGGGUGACCAUGUGGGUGUUUGAGGAAGAUGUUGGAGGCAGAAAGCUGACAGAGAUCAUCAACACGCAGCAUGAGAAUGUUAAAUACCUGCCAGGGCACAAGCUGCCCCCAAAUGUGGUAGCUGUCCCAGAUGUGGUCCAGGCUGCAGUGGAUGCUGACAUUCUGGUCUUUGUGGUGCCCCAUCAGUUCAUUGGCAAGAUCUGUGACCAGCUCAAGGGCCACCUGAAGAAAAACGCCAUUGGCAUGUCUCUUAUUAAGGGGGUAGACGAGGGCCCCAAUGGGCUGAAGCUCAUCUCCGAAGUGAUUGGGGAACGCCUUGGCAUCCCCAUGAGCGUGCUGAUGGGGGCCAACAUUGCCAGCGAGGUGGCUGAUGAGAAGUUCUGUGAAACAACCAUUGGCUGCAAGGACCCGGCCCAGGGACAACUUCUGAAAGAACUGAUGCAGACACCCAAUUUCCGUAUCACAGUGGUGCCAGAGGUGGACACCGUCGAGAUCUGUGGAGCCUUAAAGAAUGUAGUGGCUGUAGGAGCUGGCUUCUGUGAUGGGCUGGGCUUUGGCGACAACACCAAGGCAGCGGUGAUCCGGCUGGGACUCAUGGAGAUGAUCGCCUUUGCCAAGCUCUUCUGCAGUGGCCCUGUGUCCUCUGCCACAUUCUUGGAGAGCUGCGGUGUUGCUGAUCUCAUCACUACCUGUUAUGGAGGGCGGAACCGCAAGGUGGCCGAGGCCUUUGCCCGUACAGGAAAGUCCAUUGAGCAGCUGGAGAAAGAGAUGCUGAAUGGGCAGAAGCUGCAGGGGCCCCAGACAGCCCGGGAGCUACACAGCAUCCUCCAGCACAAGGGCCUGGUGGACAAGUUCCCUUUGUUCAUGGCUGUGUACAAGGUGUGCUAUGAGAGCCAGCCAGUGGGUGAAUUCAUCCGCUGCCUGCAGAAUCAUCCAGAACAUAUGUGAGUGGGGCCAGGGCCCGGGCCAGGGCCCAGGCCAGGCAGAUUCUUUAUCUUAAUGGAGACCGGCAGAAGCUUGGGGCACCUAGUCACCAGGAUCUGCGAGACUCCCCAUGGAGCAGAAUCUUCUCAGCUUCUCACUGGAGGACAGGAGGCAGUGGGCCCAGCUACGCACCUGGAGAUCCUGAACUGCCAAGCAGCCUGCAGUCUCCUGCUACCACAUCUUGCUAGAAAUGGAGUUGCCAUGUCCCUCUCCAGAUGUGGGGCUUUCUCCCUGUCCUCUGGGAGGGGUAGAACCCAAGCCUGAGUGCUGCCCGCUUCAGUUGUGUGUGUUUGGGGGAGGGUAGGGAAAGAGGACAUCAGGGCAGGAGCUGCCAGUUGCUCCUUCACACAGUCUAGGAGUCCUGUUAAGUGGCUAAAGAAGUACCUUAGCCACAGGAGGGAUGAGGCAAGAGCUGCCUGGGAGGGGUCUGGGCUUUUGAGCUGACAUAGGACCCAGGGGCCCCUUGACUGACCUCUGCCAGGCCCCACACAGCUUCAGUGGAUCUCAGUGUUUGUUAACAAAAUACAAAGAUCUCAAACAACCCCCUUCUAGCUUCUCCUAGCAACAUCUGCGUCCUCAGAAACCUCUGGUCAUCCCCUUUGCCCCUCCCCCAGGCUGCCCUGGCACCAGAGUUGCUGCCAUGCUGGCAUCUCUGGCCCUGUGGCUUGCCAUUCUCCCCAGGGACUUCCCGGUUCCUAGUUCUUUGCCAGCCCCUCCCACCCUGUGUGACCUUUCCUAGCCUUCCCUCACCCUCCCCGCCAGCACCUUCUUUGGGGGGGCAGGAACUUAAUCUGCUGACAGAGCUAUUCCUUUUCACAGUAGGCUCAGAUCACUGAGCUACCUGUGACCUUUGCAUUUGCUCUGUCUCUCUUCUCAGUAGCUCUAGCUGGGGGCCACUCCUGCUGCUGUCUCCCCAGAGGACAUCCCUGACUCUUACCCCUUUCCUCCUCCCAAAUCCUGCACCUUUUUCUCAGCUGCUCCAGACCAGCCAGCGAAGCUAACCAGCACCUGGCAUCUGGAGGCCAGGGGGCCAGAGUGGUCCAAAAGCUGAGCAGAGGUGGGGAAGGGUGAGCAGGUUCCCAUGUUGGUGAGUCCUGAUAUUCCAAAGCCAGCUCUCUUUUCUUCAGUGAGGGCCUUCUCAUGAUGUACUGACCACAUCAGCACUUCAGAAGUGGAAAAACUCAAGGAGGAGGAAGAAAAUAAAAACCAGCCUACUCUCUGGGGUGAGGCAAGAAUAGCAGGGGGGAGGGUGAGGAGUGUGCUUUGGACUGGCCUUGCUCCAAGAUGGGGUGGCAGUGGGGGAAUGUCAUGGGUCAGCAGCCUAAGCCCUCAGCUAUAAAUAGUCCCCAAGGGCCUGGGAGGCUCCUGUGUCCGGGUCCAGCAGGGGUCUCAGCUUCCUGUGUGGCAGCACCUGGCAUACUGUGGCUCUGGCCAGCAUUGUGUUAGCCCUCCCUUACUCCCCAACAAGCCAGGGGGGCAGGAUCCUCUCUGCUCCUAGCCCUCGAGAAUUCACUGUCUUACAAGCGAAGGGCAGAGCUGCCCAGAUCAGGCAGCAAAAGUGAGAGGUCCAGGUGGAGGCACUAAGAAAAUCCAGAGCUGCCUCCCCAGGAGGUUAAGGUGGGGGCAGAGAGGCAGCUUCAAACACUUUUGCCUACUUUUGUUCACUCCACAGUUAACUGUGAAUCUGAGGCCUUCCUGUCAGGCCUACUUCUCUACCCAAUAAAGCAUGGUUUUUCCAGAAACAGAGUUGGGGAAGGGAGCUUUA